AUGUUAGGAGUGGUAGCAACUAAACCAGAGAUUAUCAUAAAUCGAGAAAAUAAUCAACGAGAAUCAAAUAGCCAGCAGACAUUAACUAAUCCGAUAGAUAAUAAUACUCCUCGCAAAAUAAAUGAUGAUCCUAUAAAAAUUGAAGAGAAAAAAGAAAGUGCUUCUCAGCAAACAUGCACCAACAUUGUCGGUCUGAUUUCCUCUUCAUCCUCCUCGUCGCCACGGACACCGGUAUCGCAUAAAACAAAAUCCUUGUCUCAAGCGGAUUCGAAAGAUGAAAGGAUAGCCAUGGAGCUAUCUGAUGACGUUAUAACACCUCAGCCAACAAAUCCUAUUACAAUGCAAGAUCCUGUUCCAGAGAUGAAUGAAGUUCAGGAUGAAGUAAAUAAAGAUGAAUCAACCAACUCUAAACCGCUGGAAACUCCUCGACAAAAGAAUGAUUAUCAAAUCAUAGUCGAAGAGAACGAUGAAACUGUAUUACGGCGGACACGUUCCAGAGUCUAUACGAUGUCAACAACGCCUAUAUUGCGUAAAUCAAAACGCUUACAUGAAGAAGAUAAUGUCAAGACGGCCUCUGAAGCUGAUUCUGAGCCAUCUGGCGCUAUUACUAUUCCUACUCGAAAACACAAAAUCAAAAAAUAUCGAGUAAAGAAUCAGUGA